CACAGCAGAUCCAGAUACACAGACCAAGAUCAACACCAUCACAAACAAUACAAAACUCAAUACCACCAAGCCCAUCACGGUCAUCAACAGUAUGGGCCCCAAAGUCCUCAAGAAAGGGGAGAAGUUCCCUCUCGACGAAAAUUGUCACCACUACACAAAACUCAAUGAAGUCCCCUGGGACAUCCAAAAAUACUGGCACCAACGCUUCUCAAUCUUCGAAUUCUACGACUACGACAUCCACCUAACCGACUCGGCCUGGUUCGGCGUGACCCCGGAACCCGUCGCCACCCGCAUCGCACGGGAUCUCUCCACCCACCCAAUCGCCCAGGGAAAACGCGUAUUAAUCGACCUCUUCGGCGGCGCCGGAGGCAACGUGAUUGCCUUUGCGCUCUCGUCGGGGAGAUGGGAUCGCGUCAUUGCUAUCGAAAAGGACAGGAGCACGCUGGCUUGCGCCCAGCAUAAUGCCGAGGUGUAUGAUGUCUACGACAAAAUUACGUGGGUGCAUGGGGACUGUUUUGAGGUUAUGAGGCGGUUUUGGGGGGUUCGUUUGGGAAAAGGGACGAUGAGUGAUGGGGGGCCAGAGGAGGAUAAAGAAGAGCUGGAUGAUCUCCUAGCAGAGCUCAAGCUGGAAGAGUGUCUAGUCUUUGCUUCGCCGCCGUGGGGCGGCGUCUCGUACCGCGAUCAGGAGGUGUUCGAUCUUAGCAAGAUGGAGCCCUAUAACCUGGAGCAGCUGUACGAGGCGUGUACGAUGCCGGAGCAUGAGGAGGAGGAGAAGAAGAAGCAGGUGGAGCAAAAGGAGGGAGGGUCGGCGCAGGCGCAGACGCAGAUACUGCCGCAGGCGCUUUUCUUGCCCAGACAAAGCGAUCUGAACCAGAUUGCCGCGCUGGUGCCGGACGGUGCGCCCAAGAUUGAUGUGGUGCAGUAUUGUCAGAAGGGGGCGAGCAAGGCGCUGGUGGCGUACUUGCCGGGAACUAUUGAUGCUGGUGGCAAGGAGGAAAAGAAGCGGUCUGAGGCAAAGAAGCAGUUGUCCGAAGAGGAAAGGGGGCAAAAGAAGAGGAAACAGGACGAUGAGCAGGAGCAAGCAGUACCAAAGCUUCUCCCCGAGACGACGGAGGAAGCGUCGGUGGCCUAUGACGCCCAGGAGGAUGUUGACCUAUACGACACCCCCAAAACAGACAACGCCGAAAAGAGGAAGCGAAAACGAAGGAGGCGCUCAUCGCACAACAACUAGCAAUCACUGCGGCCAUGGGAAGGAAAACAAGUGGAAUCUACUCCUGGAGUUUUAUGGUUAGGUUCGGCAACCGGGUGGUUGAUGAAGCCUCGGGAUUGGGACAGGAUUUUAAGGAACAGGGUAUGAUAUGGACUGAUGUGGCCAGGGCAUACUGACAUAUUUUCUUUCCCAUUUAAUGGCUGUUUUUACCACCAUCAUUGUCAUCAUCAGGAGUUCAAGGAGACGGGUGACACCAUCUCUAUCAAUACAAAACAUAGACAACCACCGAGAAGAACAAAAUACGCUAUUUCUAGUACCUAGUACUUGAACCAAAAGAAUAUCAGA